UUGGCCAUAGUAGAAUUCGUAAUAUCGUUUUCGGGCCAGCCGCCUCUUUGAUCUAUCUGUGAGUUGUUACGCACAGUGACGCUCAUAAAUCUCGACAGGCUUUUUGAGGAGCGUCCCCGGAAUUAGGGAAUUAACGGAGGAGAGAGACUGAGAUAACCGAUAACGGAUACGCUGAAUUUAACUGAUUCCCCGAUAAAUAGCGCGGCUUACCGCCGGGCUGCAGCAGCGGAGAGCGACGGACUGAGCGAGGACUGACCGGAGGAAGGGGGACUGGUCUCCCGCAAAGCCCGUCUUCACAGACGUGGGGUCUCUCCAGCCAUGGCCUCCUCCAGGUGACCUGCAGUGACCCCAGUCACUCCUGACUGCAGUUUUAAACUCCUGAUCCAUCAAAAGACUUCUGCAGGAGCCGCUGAAUUAUUUAUCAUCAGACAGUGGGCUCGGCUGCGGAGCCAGAAGGAGAUGGAGAGCUAGAGAGAAGGAAAGAUGGAGAGAAAGGGAAGUAUGGAGGUGUCCGACGCUGCAGGAAAGCUGUGAGUCAGCGGGGAGAGAAAGACACGGUGGGAGGGAAGACGGAGAGAGUGUAUAGAUAGCUUUAGGUCAUACGACUGGAGAGAGUGGCGUCAAACGCCUCUCGGUGUGUUUGUGAACGUGUGUGUGCAUGCGCCUAUCGAUUUGAGCAGAGAAGGUCAUGGAGCCGAGAGGAGAUUAGCAAACUAGACUCGGAGCACGGCGGCAGAGCUAACGCCUCCUCUGAAUAGCAGCUAGACAAAAAAGAGAAAGAGAGAGAGAGAGAGAGGCCAGGCGAAGGACGAGAGGAGCUGCUACAGUAUGGGGGAGAGCUAUAUGUAUCGGCGACUCCCAUACACCAGAGGAGUGGAGGAGGGGGAGGAUGAGGACGAAGAGGAGAGAGACGGAAGGAGCAGAGAGAGUGUCGACGGACAAAUGAUGCAGUGUGAGGAGGGGACAGACUGGCUGCUGGAGUUGCUGACAGAUGUGCAGCUGCAGCAGUACUUCCUGCGGCUCCGCGACGAGCUCAACGUCACGCGACUCUCCCACUUCGACUACGUCAAGAAUGAAGACCUGGAGAAGAUCGGCAUGGGACGCCCGGGUCAGAGGAGGCUUUGGGAGGCAGUCAAAAGGAGAAGAGCCCUUUAUAAACGCAAGUCCUGGAUGAGCAAGGUGUUUCCAGUUAAACGACCCGACGGCGACCCCCAGCAGCCCUUACCUCAGGGGGCGUCAUCCGUGGCGGGACCGGCCUAUAGCGAGUCGGGGGCCUCGCUCACCUGCCUGAUCAGAGAGUCGGAGCUGCAGCUGUUUGAGCGGCUGGGAGAUGGCACAUUCGGGGUGGUGCGGAGAGGAGAGUGGACCGGACCCAACGGCAGAAUGUUGUCAGUGGCAGUGAAGUGUCUGAAGGCCGGUGUGUUGGACUCCGACGGUCUGGACGAUUUCAUCAGAGAGGUGAACGCCAUGCACUCACUGAGCCACGUCAACCUCAUCCGGCUGUACGGCAUCGUCCUCACGCAGCCCAUGAAGAUGGUGGUUGAGCUGGCCCCUCUGGGUUCCCUGUUGGAUCGUCUGAGAAAGCGUCAGGGUCACAUCCUCAUCUCCUCUCUGUGUAACUACGCUGUGCAGGUGGCGUGCGGCAUGGCCUACCUGGAGCAGAGACGUUUCCUCCACAGGGACCUGGCGGCCCGCAACGUCCUGCUGUCCACCAACGAAACGGUGAAGAUCGGAGACUUUGGCCUGAUGAGAGCUCUGCCAACACACACCGACCAAUACAUCAUGGAGGAGGGCCACAAAAUCCCUUUCCCGUGGUGUGCUCCAGAGUCGCUGAAGUCUCGUACUUUCUCUCACGCGUCUGAUACCUGGAUGUUUGGGGUCACUCUGUGGGAGAUGUUCAGCCAUGGACAGGAGCCGUGGCUGGGCCUUAAUGGGAGCCAGAUCCUCCACAAGGUGGACGUGGACGCCGAAAGGCUGUGCAAACCAGACGAUUGUCCUCAGGAUAUUUACAACGUCAUGCUGCAGUGCUGGAGCCCCAAACCUGAGGACAGACCCACCUUCAUCGCCCUCCGAGACUUCCUGCUCGAGACCAUGCCGACGGAUAUGAAAGCGCUGCAGGACUAUGAGGAAGAAGACAAACUCCAGAUUAAAAUGAAUGAUGUCAUGACCAUCAUCGAGGGAAGGGCGGAGCACUACUGGUGGCGAGGUCAGAACAAGGGGACGCUGCGUGUCGGCCAGUUUCCACGCCACGUGGUGACGUCAGUCGCCGGUCUGUCCGCCCACGACAUCAGCCGGCCGCUCAAACACUCCUUCAUCCACACUGGACACGGAGACACAGACCCUGACAGGAGCUGGGGACACGCUGAUCGCAUAGACAGUCUGUAUUUGGGGAACCCCAUGGACCCUCCUGAUAUCCUUGGGAUGGAGUCGGGCACCGCAAGGCCGACCAAACUCCCCAACCGUUCUAAAAAGCAACCUCCUCCUCGGCCGCCCCAACCUGCCGUUCUGCUGAAGAAGCCGUUCUACGACAGCGUGAUGGACGACUACGACGAAGAAGACGCCGCCAGCGCGUCAUCUGGGCUGAAGAGGCUGGGAGCGUCCCUGGGGCUGAAGCUCCGACCGUGGGAGGGGUCCGGUGUGCGCUCGGCCAAAAGCGAGGUGUCGCUUAUCGACUUCACUGACGACAGCUUCAGCUCGACCACGCCAUCUCCGCUCAAUGAGGCGUGGCAGCCGGAUGAGGACACACUGAAGGUGCUGAUAGAGAUUGAAAGUAGUUGGAUCUUCUCCAAUGUCCAUCAUUGUCAUCCCCAGGACACUCCGUCCAUCCUGGACUGGCCUCUCCCUCAGCCAGCUUACGACGAGGUUACUGCGGAGCUCGAGGACCAAUCCGAGGACCACGAGGUGCGGUCUAUCAACAGGGGAUUUACUGAGGAGACCGCCGCCUCGCCCAGCGCCGCCAUGGCGGGCAGGAGCGAGUCUCAGUCCGCUGACAUCUUCCAAGAACUGCAGAGAGAGGUGAUGGUGAAGCUGCAGGUUCCCAUGGCGACGGGCCGCUCCCUCCCCUCCUCCCCCCUCCCUAUGCCCCUGGCUCCGUUGGGUCCUCAUCGACAGAUCUGCCUGCCUCCUCCCUCCCCCACCUCCAGCUCCUCCUUCGCCUGCUGCUUUGAGGACCGGCCGGUGUUGCCCCCCCGCAGCCCUGUCCCGCCGAUGCGCCCCUCCAAGCACAACCCCCCCGGCCGCACCACCCACCCGCAGGCGCGCUCCAGCUCCAUCUCCCUGGGCGACGAGGAAGACACGCCUCCUCAGAUCCCACCCAGAGACCACGCCUUCUCCCAGCCGGGCUCCCGCUCCUCCUCUCCCCUCCCACUGGUGCCGCCGCUAUCCUCCUACCCUGUGGCCCUGCCUCCUCCUCCCCUCUCCGUCUCCCCACGCCGGGCGUCCGGUCUCCUGGGUCCCCUUCUGUCUUCCAACUCCUCCUUGGCCCAAGCCACAUCACAUUCCUCCCGGCUCGCAGCUCGCGCUUCCUCCUACUCCUCCAGCUCCUUGCUGGAUCCCCUCGCCUCUCGUGAGGGGCGUGGCCUAUCCUCACUGAUUGACAGCCCUCAGAGCUCUGCUCCCGCCCCGCUGCCGGAGCGACCAGCUUUUCUGGAAAGAUACGGAGCAGCCAAUAUGGCGGCAGUCAAACCCAUGAUUCAACAUCCUGGCGGAGCCAAACCAAACUCUUCCUACAACAACAACAACGGGCGAAGUGCAGCUCCCAGCAUGCAACAGGAGCAGAGCGUCACACAGGUCCAAGGAGCCGUACACGGAGUCACGCUGGAGGAGUGUCAGGCAGCUCUGCACACUCACAAUUGGAGCAUCCCUCAGGCCGUAAAUCAUUUGAAGGUGGAGCAGCUGUUUCGGCUGGGCCUGCGGUCGAGAGCAGAGUGUGAGGAGCUUCUGCAGCGCUGCCAGAUGAACCUGGAACAGGCCAGCACGCUCAUGCUGGACACAUACGGACCACAUCGAAACGAGAAGUGACAGCAUGAGGACAAACUUGGUGAGGAAGCUGGGAUGACUCACCGCUCCGAGCACUCCAGUGAACAGUGAUGCUUUUUAAUGAACGCAGGAACAUAAAGCGAUAUACAGUAUGUGCCUCACUGAAUGUACUGUGAAUUCCUGCUAUUACACACAUGCUCAUUAUUAUCUAACAGAGCAGCUUGUUGAAUGAGUCACAUUUACUUGAACAGUUGCUAUUUAUGUUUUUAUUACUACCUGAAUAAUGACAAGUUAUGUUUCAGCUGGUAGCUACUGCAAACCUUUACUGCGUGUGUGUCUGCUGUGAAUGUGUGCAUGUUCAGCUGUUUGUUCACGCAUAAGCUUACAUUUAGGGCUGACCCGAAUGCUUUGAAGCUUCGAAGCUUGAGUCGUCGCCGUGGUAAUAAACAUCCAAAUCAGUUUUCGAAUGCUUCGGUUUGUUCUUUUUUUUAUUUAUUUUUGAUAUAUGCAUUACCCCAACAAUCCAGAAUAGCCCAUGAAAUAAGGAAACAUAAUCCUACGUAAUUCAUUUGUGCAUCAACAUGAAUUAUAAUUUGUUUUUCUCAGCAGAGUGCUGUUUGUUAUGGUGUGUAGGUUGAGGUGCGGCGCUGUCCCAGGUACUGAAAUUGAUAGACAGACAGACGUGAAAACAUCACGUCGCGGCCUGCCUCACUUCAUACUGGCGCCUGGCCUGAGCUAUCAUCUAACCACCCGCGCCAAAACUAAAUAUUGGACCAAAAUUUGCGAUGAUGACAACCAAAAAGUAGAGUGACAGAUAUACCAGAGAAAACUGGCAUAUCACGAAUCUACAGCAAGUUUGGCAAGUACCUGAAAACUGUAAGUAACAGCUUAGCCUUGAUAAAGUAUGACUGCCAGGCCUUUUAAAUCAUAUGUGUAUAUGUGUGUAUGUAUAAUUUAUUUGAUGUGAUUAUCCAAAUGUCUCUGCUGUCUGUCAACAGCAGCAGAGUGCACAGCGUCUGGCUAGGCUGACUGACAGACAGAUAGCAGUUAACUAAACUUAAGUUAAAGUUAGUGUUGUAGCCAAUUUUGCUGCGUGCGUGUAUAGCCGUGUGUGUGUGUGUGUGUGUGUGUGUGUGUGUGGUAGGUUUGUGUGAAUGGUUUGUUCGCUAUGUCACCUGCGCACCUGUGUGUAUGUGUGCUAAUCAGAGGUUAGAAAGGGAAGUUGAGGGGGAUGGAGGAAUUAGGAUCUGGGAAGCCACACAAUUUCUCAACCUCAGCCGUGUGCGAGUGAUGUUUUUAGAUCUCGUCUGCUCGUCUCCAAUCUUUCACAGUCAGCCUUUUUGUAGGUGUUUUUAAAUGUAUUCAUAAAAUAAAGGAUUAACCUUAAGACGAUGGCGGACCUCAUUAUUUGCACCAGCAAGCAUGGAAAUGGUUUCGAAUUCCCUCCAGUGGCAUUUUUUGUGGUCAGAUUGCCACUACAGCUACUAAACUAAAUCCUCGCUCACCUGCCGGCGAAAGUCUGUAGACUGAUUGAUGGUCCCCCAUUUCCAAUCUUCCAUCUACCCGUCUACCCCCUUGUAUUCAAAUACUUACCACCGAAGCUCCAAAGCCCAAAAAGUAAUAUUCGGGACAGCCCUAUUUACAUUUAAGUAAAUGCACAUGCCUUUCUGCUGUUAAUGAAGCGAUAUAAAAUCAGGGAAAUGUCAGCUAGCUAUAUAGUUGUAUGUUUUUAUGAAAAUGUACCGAUAAGAUGCUGUAUUGUUUAUAGCACUUUACUGAGUGUUUCAACACACGAGUGGAUAUUUUUGAGGACACAAUAACUGCUGGUCAGAAUAAGAUUAAUCUAUUUAGUGAAGUGAAUAUGGACUGAUAGCAUAUCAGGUGUUAUUAAUGUAUCAUUUGUGUUGUAAACAAAGCUUUUUAGGCUUUAUAAAGGCGUGAUUUUUAGAUGUUAUUGUAGGCAAAUAAGAUGCCAAAACAGAAAUGUGAAGAUAUCUACCAUCUCCUAAUGAACACAGGGUAGCCUACGGAGUUGAACGUCCACAUGUUAGAUAUUUAAUUAACUAAGUAUUUCUUCCUAUAAAAAUGACUGCUGCAUGAUAAUCACAAACACAUGCUGAAGUGCUGACCUGAGUAAGUAGGCAACUGCUAUGUGUGAGUGUGUGCAUGUGUGCAUAGUGCUGCACGUUGUGAUGACAGCCAACUUCACAGUAUGUGUGUGUCUGUGCAGAUAUUGAUCAUAAAUGUGAUCACUUGCUAGUUAUAAGCAGCUUAACAAAGACGGAAGGAUUGGAUUUCUCAUUAUUGCAGCUACUUUGCAUGUAAGAGACAAGUUGCUCUCUUCUUCAAGAUACAAUUAAGACAGUACAAUUAGAUAAAUUGCUAACGCUAGUGUGUGUGUGUGUGUGUGUGUGUGUGUGUGUGUGUGUGUGUGUGUCAGACAUCGUUCCCUCGUAUGCUCUGCUGUAAGCUCUUGUAGUCGCUCUGCUGUAUGUGAUGCAGAAUGCAUUAAUCUGUAACAUUUAAGCAGCUUGAAACUUGAAAAGUGCAUAUAUGGCCUCCAAGUUUUGUAUUAAAGUGAAAUGUGAGUUAUUCUCUUUUCAAA